AUGAUGGAGCAAAGGCAGAAUCAGAUGUAUCCGAAUUUGUCGGAUUUAAUUUACCAACAAAACAUAGAUCGUUUGAGUAUAGAUGACGAGAAAUUCGGCGAUAAUUUCGCCGAGGGGGACAGAUUCGGCGAAAACAUUGGCACCCCGACGUCGCCUGUUUCUUUGGAGGAAGAAGACAGUUCUUCGGCAUUUGGGGUGGAUUUGACCGGGAAAGGGACUAAUUUGGGCGGCAAAUCCUUUACCAUCGCCGCGAUUUUGGGUUUGACGAACUCUGAGGAGGAUGUGAUGAAUCUAAGCGUUCAAGAAAGGCUGCAGCAGAACCAACGGCAGCUGCAGAACUAUUUGUACGCGGGCCAUGACAUGCAGAGGUUGAAUGAUGGGUUCUGCAGAACGAUGGUCGGUGUGCCACCAGCUUUACGACAAGACAGUCCGAGACCAGAUCUGAGGCCGCAGGUCGGUCAGCUCAAGUCCAGGACACACCCCGUCACCUGUUCCAAUGCCACUGGCAGAAGUAAACGUAUAAGGACAAUAUUCACGCCGGAACAGCUGGAGCGGCUGGAGGCGGAGUUCGAGAGACAGCAGUACAUGGUGGGGCCUGAGAGACUCUACCUUGCUCACGCUCUGCAGCUCACUGAGGCACAGGUGAAAGUGUGGUUCCAAAAUCGUCGGAUCAAGUGGCGCAAGCACCAUCUGGAGGUGACGCAGCAACGCCUUGCCGUGCUGCAGAGGCACCGGCCCGACGACAACGACAUCUAG